AUGUCCCGGAUUCGAAGGGUUACAUUGGAUCAUCUCAAAUCGCUCCUCGAAUCACGCCAGCAUCCCUCGGCGGAGCGUAUCUUGAUUUGCCAACUGCUUGUUGACCUCGAAACGUCCUUCAGCACUUUCACCUCUGAUUCUGAAAAUGUACAUCGCCAACAUGAUUCUUCCUUUGCAACACAUCAACGAGAUCUUGCGGCUCUGCUCUGCGAGACUGGAGAUGAAAACGGCGCCCUGACCCUACUACGUCGGAUCCCACGUGCUCAGAUUGAGAAGGAGGAUCUCGAAAGGAUAAUGCAACUUGGCACUGCGCUUUGCUCCCGAAUGACGGGGAUACUCAAGAUACUGGGAAUUGGCGAUGAUUCAUCAACCCUGGAUGUCUCUCUUGACGUGCUGGUCCUUCCAUAUAGUCUCUUAGCUGCACACUCCAGGAAAUGGAUCGAUAAUGAAGGAUUCAUCAAGAAAUCAUUCAUCUGGCCCUGGAUACGGCGAAGUAUUCGGGCGCAACUGAGAGAUCACCCUGGAGCACCAGUGGAUUGGUCGCCCUCGAGGCUGGAUACCCAAUUCCGAGACGUUUUUGGUCACUCUCUCCUACAUGCCGCCAUUUACUCCCAGGAUAACGACCACAUCGAGGCUAUCAUCAAGGAUUUGAAUCUUGGUCCAGAGGAUGUGAGAGCGUAUUUGAGCACAAGAUGGCCCUUCUAUGCCCCAGGGUUCACACCACUUGCAUGUUGCGCCAGCUUCUCACUCAACUGGGGGCUCUUUAACGCCCUACUUCCAUUUUCAAACAAGAGCUUAUGUUGCGGAUCAAUUAAUGUCGCAAGCAGGCAUGAAUUCUGUGCCCUCGCCAUCGCCCUACGUAAACGGGACAAUGAAAUUGUGGGGGCUUUGUUCCAAAGAGCGUUUCAGGAGAGAGUUGACAUCUCAAAUUGUUGCCAUUGGGCAAUGGGUUCUGUUCCGAACAUCUCGCUCGAAGCCUCAGAACAUUUGUUGUUCAUGAUUCGACAGUCCAUGGCUGACGCGGAGGAACCGCUAUGGGGGCCGGAGGAAUAG